CGAGUCGGGGGGCAGCGGGGAGCUGGGUCAGGUCGGUCACUCGAGCGGUUUCCUGACGAGCGGGAGCGGUCCACGGCCGGCUGGGAUGAACUUUGCGCUGGGAUUCAAACCGUUGCUGGGGGAGACCAACGCCAUGGACAGCCUGGAGAAGCAGCUCAUCUGUCCCAUCUGCCUGGAGAUGUUCACCAAGCCCGUGGUCAUCCUGCCCUGCCAGCACAACCUGUGCAGGAAGUGCGCCAACGACGUCUUCCAGGCCUCCAACCCGCUGUGGCAGUCGCGGGGCUCCACGUCCGUGUCCACCGGGGGGCGCUUCCGCUGCCCGUCCUGCCGGCACGAGGUGGUCCUGGACCGCCAUGGCGUGUACGGCCUGCAGAGGAACCUGCUGGUGGAGAACAUCAUCGACCUCUACAAGCAGGAGUCCGCCAGGCCCAUCCACCCGAAGUCGGAGCAGCAGCAGCUGAUGUGCGAGGAGCACGGCGAGGAGAAGAUCAACAUCUACUGCCUGACCUGCGAGACGCCCACCUGCUCCAUGUGCAAAGUGUUCGGCGCGCACAAGGACUGCGAGGUCGCGCCUCUGCAGAACGUCUACAAACGACAGAAGACAGAGCUGAGUGACGGGAUAGCCAUGCUGGUGGCGGGCAAUGACAGAAUCCAGGCUCUCAUUUCCCAGCUGGAGGAAAUCUGCAGGACUAUUGAGGAGAACGGGCGGCGGCAGAAGCAGCACCUGUGCGACAAGUUCGACACGCUCAUCGCCAUCCUGGAGGAGCGCAAGAAGGACCUGGUGCAGUGCAUCGGGCGCGAGCAGGACCAGAAGCUGGGCCACGUCCGCUCCCUCAUCCGUCGCCACGGCGAUCACCUGGAGGGGGCCGUCAAGCUGGUGGAGGCCGCCAUCCACUCCAUGGAGGAGCCGCAGAUGGCCGUCUUCCUGCAGAGUUCCAAGGAGGUGUUUGAGAAGAUCACGGACACCGCCAAGGCCUCCAACAUCGAGCGGACGGAGCACGGCUACGAGAGCAUGGACCACUUCAUCAUCAACACCGACGACGUGGCCGACAUGCUGCGAACCAUCGACUUCCAGCCGGGUUGCCAGGGGGAGGAGGGGGAGGAGGGCUCCACGCCAGAGGAUGGGGCUGAAGAUCUGGCGGCCCAACCCAGCACAGAAGGGGAGUCUGCGAGACAUUAGUCCGCCUGGCUCUUCUCCAGGUCAUUUUCACUGAAGGAAUGAAGAGGGACUUGCAAAGGAGGUUUGACAUAAUCCCAUAAGCACAACCAGAUGUUCGAUACACAGCUUUCACCAUCUACCUGUCAUAUGUUUAUACUCUGUUCGCAUGUGUGACAGCACCACAGGGAGACUUACAAAAAAAAAAAAUACACAGUGGGUGGGCUAAAUCCCAGCUUGACCACCUUGCAAAAAAACUCCCUUGUUCUAUUUCCUUUAUGAAAAAAAAUGUAAUCCCAUCAUUUACAAAUAUUGAAUGUAAUAUAGUUUCGGCUUGAGUGACGCAUGCUGUGUGGUAAUCAGGUUACUUGGUGUGUUAUGUUGUUGUUUCUCCGCUUGUUAUUUUGAAUGUCGUUGCAAUUCACAGGCGUUAGUUUACACAUUGGUUUUUCCACAGAGAUGAAUCGUAUCUUGGUUGAUGUUGAUGAAAAGCAGGUGUGCGUUGCUGGUGAGGACAGAGUACAGGGCAUGUCUGAGUUUGCCUGUGACACCAAAGAGCUCUCAAAUACCGUAUGUGAAAAUGUGUAAAAGGUUUGUUGAGAGGUGAUGGGGUUAGGCUAAUAUAAUGGGGUUUCUCUCCAAGACCGAGCUUGCUUAUAUCUGUACAGAACAGUAAAACCUCCGAGUAGUUCUACAGAUAGCAUAAGAAAAUAUCACAGUACUCUCCAGUAGUCAUACCCUUAACCCUGAUUGAAGAAAGCUUAUACACUUGCCCUCCAAGCAGAAGUUGCAUAUAAUAUAAGGGAGAGAAAAAUAAGCAGGUUGCUGAGAGAGUUUGAGCUAUACACUGAAUGAUGAACCUAAUGAUCAGCCUAAUUUGAAUUAUUGUUGGGCAAUCCAUUAUGUAAUUUCAGUUUCUUUCAUUUUGUCAUUUUGUAUUUUUUAGAAAUAAAUUUUCAUACCAUUA